CUCUCCUCUUCCCACUUCUCAAACUUAACUUAAACCCUUGAAAUCAAACACCAAACCCUAACUAGAGUCUCUUUAAUUUGUGCCAUAAAAGAAACUAAAGUUUGAAUCUUUCUCGGAAGAUGAAGAUGGGAAGUCCAAGCAUGGGAGGAUCCAAGAGAAGGGUCUCGAGCAGAGGCCUUGGCGGUGUUCUUAGGGAGCAAAGAGCUAAGCUUUACAUCAUUAGAAGAUGUGUCGUGAUGCUUCUUUGUUGGCAUGAUUGAAGAAGAAGAAGAAGAAGUGUAGUAUCAGAACCGAGACCAUAAGCGUUUUCGUUUGUGCUUUGGAAUUGAUCAAAUGCGAUCUAAUGCGAAGAAGAUGAAGAAAUCAGGCGGUUAUCUUAGGCCCCUCAAAGGAACUUUCCAAAUUUGUUGUUCUUGUGAACAAAUUUUCAGUGAUCCAUGUUUGCCUGGUGGAGGGGCAAAAUUGUAAAUAUCGGCGGGGGAGAGAUUAGUGGCAAAGUUUUGUAUUGGCUCUUUGGCUUGUUCCACGGGGCUUGGAAUGUAAAUCAAAGUAUCUUUCGUAUACAUUUUUUUGACGUUCUUAGUCUAACAAAUAUUUUCGUUA